GUGAGGACUUUGACUGUCAGACAGUGAAAAGCUCGUGAGCAGUGUGUGUGAGAGUCAGAACCUCUCCUGUCCGUCCGGCACCGACAUGACGCGCCGGAGCGCCUCCACGCAGCGAGGAUGUGCGCAUAAAUCCCGCAUGCAGACGCGUCCCGCGGAGUGGAGCGGCGUGUUUUAGUCCUGGUGUCACAGUGUGGAUACAAACAAAAGGCCCGCGCGCAGUGGAAGUGGAGUGAGAGUCAGAGAGCGCGUGCAUCCGGAGCAGAGAUGGAGGAGCAGCGGGACAGCGCGAGCAGCAGCGAGGGGGAGAGCGUGAGCGGGUCCCCGGCGCCCAGCCUGCCCUCCCCGCCCAUCCUGCCGCUGCAGGCCGCGCAGCAGGCCCACAGAACCACCAACUUCUUCAUCGACAACAUCCUGCGGCCGGACUUCGGCUGCAAGAAGGAGCACGGCGUGAGCGCGCGGGAGAGGGCGCACACCUCCGGCCGGGAGCGGGUCAGCAGACCGAGCCUCCCCGGGACGCCGUGCCAGGACUCCAACUGCAGCACCGACAGCUCGGCGUCCUCCGCCUCCUCCGCCUCUUUGGCGAGUCCCAAAAAGAGUAAUAACGGAACUCCGUGCGCCGCAGCAGCCGCUUCUGCCGCCGCUGUCUCCGGCGGAGGGAGCGGAGUGAAAGCCGAGGAGAGGACAGGCGGCGCGGCCGCGGAGAACAACUCCUCCUCGCUGGUGGUGCUGAACGGCAGCGGGGCGCCGACGACACCGGAGAGCCAGCCGCUGCUGUGGCCCGCCUGGGUGUACUGCACCCGGUACUCGGACAGGCCCUCAUCUGCAGGUCCAAGGACCCGGAAACUGAAAAAGUCCAAGAGCGGGAAGGAGGACAAGCGGCCGCGCACGGCGUUCACGGCGGAGCAGCUGCAGCGGCUGAAGACGGAGUUCCAGGUGAACCGGUACAUCACCGAGCAGCGGCGGCAGAGUCUGGCCCAGGAGCUGAACCUGAACGAGUCCCAGAUCAAGAUCUGGUUCCAGAACAAACGGGCCAAGAUCAAGAAGGCCAGCGGCUUCAAGAACGGGCUCGCGCUGCAGCUCAUGGCGCAGGGACUGUACAACCAUUCCACCACGACCAUCCAGGAGGACAAGGAGGACAGCGACUGACCGGGACCCGGACCGGGCCGGGACCGGGGCCAGGACCGGGACCGGGACUCAUGGCGCGCGCUGUACAUUGUAAAUAUAUAAUAUCUAAUUUAACGACGAGGAUGAAGGAGGCCUGCUCCUCCUCCUCCCACUGUGCCGGACUGUGCCGGACUCUGCCGGCCUGUGCCGGACUGUGCCGGACUCUGCCGGCCUGUGCCGGCCUGUGCCGGACUGUGCCGGACCUGCCACCGCAUAAAAACCAAAGAUUUUACCGGAAAACAGCCUGAAGAACUCUCGAGACGUUAAAGAGACAAACAGUCACAGUGAACUGAUCCGAGACCGCCGAGCUGAGCCGAACCGAGCCGGACCCCCCUCCUCUUCCUCUCAGCCAUAUAAGGCUCACACCGGCUGAUGUUUCCGGUCAGCCCGGGUCUGGACCCCAAACCCAAAAACAGAGCAGAACCCCGAUGAUACUUUAUUUUAUUUUAUUUUAUUUUAUUUUAUGUUUAU